GUCAAGUCUGUCCGUUUGCGCCGAAUCAAGAGGAUCCUGACGGGGCGCCGAUGGAAGGUGUCUUCCUACUCCGUGCAGAUGCAGUAGUUCGCUUCAGGCUCGGGGACACAGACUUCGGAGAGAAGAUUCCAGAAUGGGGCCAAGUCGGCGAAAAAUCGACCUACGCCUCCAUGAGCUUCGCGAAGGGACCCGGGCUUGGAGUGCUCAAGGUCAACAAUCCCUCAUUCCUGUGGGUGUUUGCGUGUGAUCGAGAUGGUGCUCGCCGCACAGAGGGAGGUGAUCGAGUGGUGGCAACUCUGUCCCACCCGGAGGACUUCCAGGAUGUGGCCGUAGAGGAUUUACAAGAUGGCAGGUACAAAGUGACCUUCUUGCCAUUAACGCCUGGCAGCUUCAGUCUGCAGAUUUCCAUCGGAGCAGAAGGUGCCGAUGAGGACUUGACCGGGUGUCCCUUCACCUUGGAGGUGAGACCGCCGACGGUCUAUCACACCAUAGGGAUCGAUGGAGAGGUGGAAGGGAAGGCCCAGCUAGGCGCGAAAGCCCUGCCUUGCGAGACCGAAAUUUGUCAGGAGCUCUGCGAUCUUUUCCUUGCGCUGGGCCUUGAGGAGGCCGUGCGGCCGGAGCUUAGCUUGAUGCUCUCGGCCUUUGAAGACCAGGCCGGCCAUGUGGACUGUUCGAAGCUAUGGAGGUCCCUGGCUGAGGCGGGCGGAUGUCAGUGUGGCCCCGAUGGAGAGAAGGAGGAAUUUCCACUUACCUCCGUGAUGACACGGGACGAGGCAGCGGAGCUCUGCUUGCCCAGUCAGGUUGAAGGCCACGCUGGUUGGAUGGCUGAUCUGUUGCGUGACUUCUCUGCUGGGUGCAGCAUUUCCAGGGUAGAGGAGCGGGCCAUGCAGAUGCGCCAGCUCAACCUGGUAAUAUCAUGCCUUUGCGAAGGUUGCAACCGUGAUUGGGUUGAUCCUGCAGGCAGGCCAUUGACGCCUCCGCAGGUCAACUUGUAUCAUGUUGUGGACCUACUGGUUCGACCGGCCACGGCUGCCCGUGCCUGCAGCUUCGUAGAGCUUGUGGCAGAGGCGCCUCAGCCAUGUGACUGGUUCGUCUCUCACUGGUGGGGCGAGCCUGUCGUGGACUUCGCGUUGUGCUUGAAGCAGCAUUUGCAUGACCGCAAUCUCCAGAAGGAUGCAGCUUACUGGGUCUGUGCUUAUGCAAACAACCAGUGGGCAGUGCAUCAAGAGAUUGGCGCAGACCCGGCGACGAGCAGUUUCCAGCGAGCCAUGGGGAGGGCGGCUGGCACUGUGUCCAUCGUGGACAGAGAUGCAGUGUGCUACACGCGUGUCUGGUGCAUCUAUGAGACCUACAUCUCAACCUUGAAGCAGGUAACUGGUGAGAAAGGCCUGGAUGGCCUCACCUAUUACUUCGACAUCUACACGUACGACCCCAAGCAGAAAGAUGCAAUCGGGAUCGCUGAGGGCUUCAUUGCGGCGGAUGGCACUGGCCCAAAGCAAGCUCGGCGCAAGCGGCAUCGGGAAAGCCGGUUCCCUUUCGAGCUUAUCACGAAAGCUUUCGACAUCCGGGUGGAGCAUGCCGAAGCUACUCGGGAAAGCGACCGGAGAAUGAUAUUGAAUUCGAUUGCACAGGCUGCUGAUCUGAGCCGAGCGCCUGCUUUGGAACACGAAGGAUACGCAGCCUUGAAUGACGUGCUGCAUGGCCGUUUUGCUGCAGCUUCCUUUGUAAAGGCUGCUGCUAUUGGCACGAAUCUGUCGCGACACGCUGCAGCACUUUCUCGCUCGCGCUUGCACCAGCUGACCCUCCACUUUGGUGGCGACUGCCAGAAGAACCUCAAAGAUGAACAUGUUGUUCUCCUGGCGUGCAGUCUGCCCGUCGAGUCGCUUCAAGACCUGUUCCUCGGUUUCCAGGGUUGCCGUCAACUGUCGGACGUAGCAGCUGUGGCCUUGGGUUCUGCACUCGGAAGCUUAACCCGGCUGCGGCGACUAGAGCUUCGGCUCUCUUCGGGUCCACAGCUCUCUGAUGAAGGAGUUGGUGCCUUGGCAGCUGGCCUCCAUGGUGGAUCGUCGACAUUGGAGAGUCUCAACCUGGACAUCUCCGCGCAGUCACGAAUAACGGAG